AUGCGUUUCGGAAAGACUCUGCGAAUUUCGGUGUAUCCGCCAUGGAGCAAGAACUAUAUCGACUACAACAGGCUGAAGGGCUUACUCAGGGAGCAUGAUGUUGCUGGCGAUGAUAGCGAUACAGACAGCUCAUGGACGGAACAGGAUGAGGAAGCCUUUGUCCAGGAAUUGCUCAAUGUCCAGUUGGACAAGGUCAAUACAUUCCAGGUGCAGACCUCGCAGCAAUUGAGAGACCGGACUACCGCAUGCGAGGAUAAAUUGCGGCCUUUGGCUCAGACUGGAGAGGAGGGUGGUCCUGUCAUUACAGAAGAGGAUAAAAUCAGAAUUGCCUCUGAGGUUUUGGCGGAGCUUGAUAACAUUACCAAAGAGGUUAGCGAGCUGGAAAAGUAUAGCCGUAUCAACUUCACCGGCUUUCUCAAGGCUGCAAAGAAACAUGACCGGAAACGAGGUGCUCGAUACCGUGUGAAGCCUUUACUCCAGGUUCGCUUGUCACAAUUGCCGUUCAACUCAGAAGAUUACUCGCCGCUUGUUCGCCAACUCUCCGUGAUGUACUCUUUUGUGCGAGAGAUCUUGAGCACUAGUACCGUUGAGCCGGAACAUGGAUUUGGCAAAGACCGUUAUUCUUCGUUUAAGUUCUGGAUUCAUGCCGAUAAUAUGUUGGAGGUUAAGACAUUGAUCCUCCGCAAGUUGCCGGUCCUCAUCUAUAACCCCAAAUCUUCGAAGGAACUAGAGAGCCACACGAACGACCCUACCAUUACUUCACUAUAUUUCGACACUCCCCAAUUCGAUCUCUACACGCAAAAGGUCGCUCGCAGCCCCGAGGCUGGCUCCCUACGGUUACGCUGGACUGGAAACCUGUAUGAAAAGCCCCCGAUAUACCUGGAAAAGAAGAUUGUGACAAGCGAUAAUGUCAGCAAGGAAGUGAAGGUUCAGUUGAAGCAAAAACACGUAAAGGAGUUUCUUGAUGGGGAGUAUCGCCUAGAGAAGAAGGUCCAUCGGAUGGAGGAUAUGGGAAAUAGUGAGGUAGAGCAUGCAGAGUCUCUUAAGCGGGACGUGGAAGAGUUACAAUCCUUUAUCAAGGAGCAAAACCUGCAGCCUAUGCUCCGGGCCAAUUACACCCGCACAGCCUUCCAAAUCCCCGGCGACGACCGGAUCCGUAUCUCUCUUGAUACAAACCUGGCGCUCAUUAGGGAAGACUCUUUGGACAGCGAGCGUCCUUGCCGUGAUGAAAAGGAGUGGCACCGUACCGACAUCGAUGAUGCCGGGAUGGAGUACCCCUUUCCCGCGAUCAGGACCGGCGAGAUAGUCCGUUUCCCUCACGGCCUGCUAGAAAUCAAACUGCGUGGGAGUGCGGCCCAUAACUCAGAGUGGGUCAAGGACCUGAUGGUUUCUCACCUCGUCAAAGAAGCUCCACGGUUUUCGAAGUUCGCCCACGGUAUUGCACAGCUUUUCGAAGACCACGUCAAUAGCUUCCCAUUCUGGCUCCCCGAGCUUGACAAGGAUAUCAGACGUGACCCUGAAACAGCAUUCCAUGAGGAACAAGAACGUCUGGCCAAGAACGCUGAAGAGGACAUGGCUGUUGGAAGUUUCCUUGGGACAAGAUCGAGUCCAUCUGCGAGGCCUCUUGUGGGAUCACCAGUAACCAGGUUCACAGAUCUUGAACCGACACGGGCGCGGCAGUCGUCGCAGUUCUCGACUCCCCAACCCCGACCCUCUGUACCGUCUUUGGCGCAGGCUCGCGAGCGCGAUGCCGAUAGAGAACGCCAGGAAGAGUCAACGCUCCUCGCCCGACAAGAAGAACCCGUAACACAAUCUCGCUUGGCAGCUUUAUUCCCUUCGUUCAUUGGAUACAACCGCAACAAAAGACCAUCUGUUGUUUUGCCUCCCGGGGUACAGGAGCCAGGAGUAUGGAUCAAGGAUGCAGGUCCAGUCCGUGUUGAGACCAAAGUUUGGCUCGCAAACCAGCGAACCUUCAUUAAAUGGCUGCACAUCAGUAUUUUGCUUUCGUCUCUUUCCCUUGGCCUGUACAAUGCGGCUGGUAAACACAAUGACGUAGCUCGUGCAUUGUCUAUUGUAUACACCUGCUUCGCUAUAUUUGCGGCCGCAUGGGGAUGGUAUAUGCACGAGAUGCGCGCAAGACUUAUUCGUCAACGCAGCGGACGCGACCUCGACAACACGUUUGGCCCAAUCGUGGUGUGUAUCGGAUUGGCCGUUGCACUUGUCCUGAACUUUGCUUUCAAGUAUUCUUCUACCCUCGAAAAAUUCCGCGGCGGAGACCAGCCCGUUGAUACGCCCGCCAUGGAUGCUGCCUUUUCAGUUGCGCAAAAGCCAGAGAUUUGGAAAGCCGUUAACCAGCAACCCCUUAACUAA